AUGGAGAUUAUGGCAGCAAGAGCUUUAAACAGGUUUCUUGAAAAGAUCUCACAUGCAGAGAGAAAGAAAAUGAUUUUAUCAGAGGAAUUGUGUAAUCUCAUGCAAGACCUUGCACAAACAAUUCCUGAAGUUGGAGACUACGAGACUCAGGUUGCCAUUUCUGAAGCAUUAUGUCGGAUCAGUGUGAAAAAGUGGCGGGAUGAAGCAGCUCAGCGUUGGUUUGUGAAAGAUCGAAUUGCAGCUGCUUUCAAAUGCAUCACAGAUGAAGAAUUUGAGACAGACUGCAGAAAAUUUCUUAAUGAAAUGAAUGAGAGCCUUGGAGACAAAAGAAAAGUGUAUUCAUACCCCUGUAUUACAGCAUACUUGGAUAUGGAUGAGGUAACAAAGCCAGCUGAUGAAAAACUGGAGUGUUUUUGGAUUGACUUUAACUUGGAGUCUUUCAGUAUUUCUUUCUUCAUCAAUGAUGCUGAUGAAGCCUUAUGGGAUGCUGUUAGCCUGGAGAAAGAACUUGUCCAUGGAUUCAAUGUAGAAGGUAUAGAUAAGUAUUCCUACAGCACUACUGUUAAAUGGCUACACAAAUAA